AGUUCCUCUUUAUAAGCUAUAAAAAAGGAUGAUCUGGUAGACUGAUUUUUAGAUACAACUCCUGGAAACUCCUACAAACUCCUGCAAAAUGGCAAACAACCAGCAAGAGAUAUUUUACAAUCCUAAAAUACGUUUUACUGGAUCAAUUAAAGGAGGACUGCAGGAAGGCAAGAGUAUCACUGUAAGUGGACAAGUUUUACCAGAAGCCAAAAGGUUCAGUGUGAAUCUCCAGUGUGGUUCGACCCCGGAUGCUAAUUAUGCCCUGCACUUUAACCCACGUUAUGAAUCUGGUUCAGAGCACACAGUAGUCAACACCAAACAGGAUAACUCCUGGGGUCCAGAGGAGAUCUUGAAACUUGCUCUCCUCCCCUUGGGAAACCCUUUCAAACUGCAAAUCCUGGUUACAAGCAAAUCAUACAAGAUAAGUGUCAAUGGCAUCCAUGUCAUGGAUUACAAGCACCGUAUCCCAUUCAACAUGGUGGACACUAUCGUAGUGGAUGGGAUGGUGGAGGUUAAGACCAUCAGUUUCCAGGAUCCUGUGUGUGUGCCAUACAAAACCACCAUGUAUGGUGGAAUGUGGGCUGGCAAAAACAUUGUCAUCCAAGGGCUGGUUAAUCCUAAGGCUUCCAGAUUCACUAUUGACUUGUGUCACAAAGAUGGGAUUGCCUUUCACUACAAUCCUCGCUUUGAUCAGAACACGGUUGUACGCAAUACCCGAACAGUGGAUAAGUGGGGCUCAGAGGAGCGCUCUGGAGAAAUGCCGUUUGAAAAGGGACAAAGCUUCCAGAUGAUCAUUUCCUGCACUACUGAGCAGUACAAUGUGUUUGUCAAUGGUAAUCUCGUGACUACCUACAAGCACCGCUUCACCAACCUGUGGGAGAUUGAUGCUCUGGAGAUGUAUGGUGACCUGAGCUUGACUGAUGUGCCUUCAUCUGAUGCUGCAAAAAGCUAUCCUAUGCCAUACAAAACAAACAUAAAUGGUGGACUGUGGGCUGGAAAAAACAUUUCAAUCCAAGGGCUGGUUAAUCCUGAGCCUUACAGAUUCAAGAUUAACUUGCGUCACAAAGAUGGGAUUGCCUUUCACUACAAUCCUCGCUUUGAUGAGAACACGGUUGUACGCAAUAACAGAACAGUGGAUGAAUGGUGCUUAGAGGAGCGCUCUGGAGAAAUGCCGUUUCAAAAGGAAAAAAUCUUCCAGAUGAUCAUCUCCUGUGAUCCUCAGCAGUACAACGUGUUUGUCAAUGGUAAACAAGUGUGUACCUUCAAGCACCGCUUCACCAAGCUGUGGGAGAUUGAUGCUCUGGAGGUGUCUGGUGACCUGAGCUUGACUGAUGUAUACGCUUAGCUAAGAAAUUUUAAUUGGAUAUUUUUGUGCAAUAUUUUCUCUGGCACAAUUUUACCAAGUCACAUUUUAUCUGUAAACAAAGAAGUAUGCAACAAAAAAAAAAAUUCAAAUUAGAGGAUAUUUUGAUCGUGGCCUGCUUCUGUUUUUCAUGAAUUUAAUGAUUUAAAUGGGAUUAAUAGAAAUAGUUACCAAGAUGUUAACAUUUCUGUCAUGCACUUCUACUUCUGCCCUGUGUUUCAAUACCCUCAUAUAUUGGGCCGAGGCAGGUGGGCUCACACAAGGCAUUACAAACACAUUCUUACACACCCUGAGGCAAUUCAGAGUAGCAAACUCACCUACCAGCAUGUUUUAGGGAGGUAUGAGUAAACUAAAAUAACUGGAAGAAAGCCACUCAGACACAAGAAGUUAAAUUGUUUCCGAGUUAAUCCUAUUUCUUUUCUAUUAACAUAUAGAAGCAAAAACAGCGCCGUCUGGUGUUACAUUUCUGUAACUAUUCUGCUUUGUUGUACUCAUGUCUUGCCUGAAGAUGGUAGUAAAUAUUAGUAUAAAAAGAUGACAGUAAUCUGUCCGAUUUGUGACCACAUGUUUUUUUUUUUAACUUAUUAUUAAUUAUUCACUUUGAAAGAAAUUACUGGAAAAUCUAAAGAAACAUAAGUUCAUUCGAAAAUGAGAACCAACAUCCAAUAUUUUGUAUUUAAUAAAAAUUGCUGAUUUAAUCAUAAAGACUGUCGUGCUUAUCCUCUC